CAUUGAUACAGGGGACGCAAGGCAAGAGGGCAAGGAAAGGGCUGGUUGUCCGCAAGGGCUGAUUCAGAUCCACUCUUCCCGUUCACCAUCGACACUCGCUCACCAACAACAACCAGCUAUGAAGCUCUCUCCGUCAUCCAUCACUUUCUUUCUGGUCCAGAUCGGCACCCUCUUCUCGGGACUCAUUGUUGCCGUCUGCUGUGGCCUCUAUGUGUCGUCCUACCCAAAGUCGCCCGAAGCUACCUCGCUUUCACCACUAGCCUGUGGCACACUUGCCUUCUCUAUCCUCAGCUCCCUCGUCACUUUCAUAUUCAUCUUGCGCCAAAAGUCUGGCAGGACUCAGCGUGCGAUCUUCGAGAGUGCUUGGAUCAUCUUUGCCAUAGCCAUGUGGAUUCUUGCAGCUGUCGGAGGAAUCGCCCGUCCACCUAAUGGCAUGUCCAACAUCUCUUGCAAGGUUCUACCCAGUGGCAAAGAGACCUCCGAUCCUAACUAUCUUCGCGCCUGCCAGUCGAUGUUUGCUUCCACAGCCUUUUGUAUCAUCACAGCCUUCUUCUUUAUCGCGAUCGCCCUGAUGCUCUUUGUCUUUUCUGUCAAGACGUCCAGAAAAUCUAAGAAGAACCAGGUUGGAGGCCAUUACAAACUGUCGCUCACUCUUUCGCAAUAUCGUCGCGCCGAAAAGGAAGCCGCCGAGGAAGAGAGUAGAAAACUCAAAGGGGCCGGGGAGCACGAGGAGGAAGUCGAAGAGGAGCAUGGGCCAGGAAGCAUGAUGGACGGACACUUUUCCGGCAACGUCUACCGCGAUCCAGUCAUCUCAACCCCCGCAGCAACCCUCCAUUAUCCUAAUCCGUAUUCAGAGGCAGAGCUUCACAUGCAACAGCAGCAGCAACAACACCACCACCAGCAACAACUCCAAUAUCAACAGCAGCAAAGUACAUGGGCACAGCAACCGGCAACAUUCGGGCCAUAUUGAUCACAGUGUGUUGCGAACGGACCUAUUAUGUUCUUUAGGAGCGGUUGUCAUGGAAUAAAGAGCUCAACUGAAUGCCGUUGUGAAACUAUCCUAACUUCACCUGGCUCCCUUUGGGCCCAUUGAGCGCGGCGGUGGUAAAGGUCUCUGAAAGGUGCAUGCAGAAAUCGAGUAUGCGACUGUGCUGCCUCGCACUGCCGCACUGCACUGCAAUACAUUUUU